AUGUCCGAAGAAAACGAUAAAGUGAAACGAAGUCACAAUGAGAAAGGGAGCCCAGCAGGGAAGCGACGAAAGAUUGAAACCGAAGGAAAUGAAGAAGCAAGUCGAUUGAAUAUUGGUCGUUUAAUAAUCAAUUUUUAUUUUCAGAAAAUCACCAAUAAUUCGUCCGAGUCGGUUAACGAGAAAGUACCUGAUAUAUGCCAAAAGUUGUUGGAGAAACUGGAAACUCUCGAAAAAUCUAAUAUGGAAAUUGUCGAAAAACUUCGAUCGGCUGAAGAAGAAAUCAAGAAACUUACACGAAAACAUGAAGAAGAUGCUGUCGAGAAGAAACAAACUGAAGAGACGGCAAACGGCAUCGAGAAUUCAGUCACUCCAUCAGAGACUUCUGAUGAAAAAUUAUCUCAGAUAUUUCCAAUGACUGCAAAAUUUUUUGUGCUGAAAAAUGUCUUCACAAAUGUUCAGGAUAUGAAAGAAGGAGUCCCAAAGUUUGGCACAGAAGAAGAACAUUUUGGAGUGUCAUGGCAAUCACGUCUGUGUAAACAAAAUAACAAGCUCGCCUUAUGUUUAAAAUGUGUCAAAUCAUUGAGUGACGAGAAAUGGUUGAUUACAUCAGAUGCUCAAUUCACAUUCGUUUCAACAAACGGAAAAUGUCAUUCUCAUUUGAUGAGUCGUUCCCAAGGAAAUGCGAAUGGAAACAACAAAUUUGAUGCUUACGGCGCGAAUUUCAUCGAUUGGAGUGAAAUGAAAGAAGAUUUUCUCAAAGAUGGCAAGCUGGCCGCUGAGAUUCAUGUGAAAAUCAAGGAGAUGACAGGAAUUUAUAAGAAUGAAUUGAAAAGUUUCGGUGAUGAAAUGAAAUCAUUUUCUGAUGUUGUUCUUGUUGUCAAUGAGAAGAAGUUCUACGUGUCAAAAUUGUACCUCGCUGGACAUUCUCCAUACUUCAAAUCACUUUUCUUAGGGCAUUUUCAAGAAUCGAAGAAAUCUGAAAUCAAAUUGACUGGAAUCGAUGCGGACGAUUUUCAGAACUACCUGGAAGUUCUCUACGCAGAACAUUCUAUUGAUGAGUUCACUGUCGAGGGAAUCCUCUUGGUGGCCGACAUGUACGAAACUCCACUGGUCCUUCGAAAGUGCGAAGAGUUUCUCCUCAAACAAUCGAAAAAGACGUUGAAGAAGAAGUUACAAAUGUCAACUCGAUGCAAUUUGGAUGCUUUGAAGAAGCAAUGUUUCAUUGAAAUCAAAUCGAUCGAUGACAUAAAAUCUGUUAUUCCUGGAAAUAUUCACGACAUGGAUCCAUCUGUAACCGCGGAACUUCUAGAGAAGUGUCUCGCUCUUUGUUAA